GAAGAUAGCGGCAACAAUAUGGCGACAUCCGCAGUUUCUCCUGGGUCUUUUAAACAUCCUUAGGCACGCAAAAUCUACAUGGAUCGCCCUUAAUGCUGAAAAAAGCUGGCUGUCCUGAAUGGCUUCUAAAUAAAGAGGGCUCUGCUGCAGGAUGACAAUAUGGCUGCACCGUUGCUUGCACCUCCAGGCCCCGAUAGCUUCAGAAGGUUCACCCCUGAGUCUUUGGCCAACAUUGAGAAGCGUAUUGCCGAGGAGAAGAAGAAAAAGCCUGUCAAGCCGAGAUCUGACAGCAGUCACCGCGAUGACGAUGAUGACAACAAAGCGAAGCCCAACACUGACCUGGAAGUGGGGAAGAGCUUGCCCUUCAUUUAUGGGGACGUCCCUUCAAACAUGUUGGCCGUCCCCCUGGAGGACUUGGACCCCUUCUAUUUGAACAAGAAAACCUUUAUAGUGCUUAACAAAGGGAAAACGAUCUUCCGUUUCAGUGCCACACCCUCAUUGUAUAUCAUUAGUCCUUUUAGCCUAUUCAGGCUAAUAGCAAUUAAAAUUUUGAUACACUCAUUUUUCAGCAUGAUCAUCAUGUGUACCAUUUUGACAAAUUGUGUAUUCAUGACAUUCAGCAAUCCUCCAGAAUGGUCCAAACAAGUAGAAUACACCUUCACGGGAAUCUACACUUUCGAGUCACUCACAAAGAUUGUGGCUCGGGGUUUCUGUAUAGAUGGCUUCACCUUUCUCAGAGACCCCUGGAACUGGCUGGAUUUCAUGGUCAUCUCUAUGGCAUAUAUAACAGAGUUUGUGGACCUCGGGAAUGUGUCAGCCCUGAGAACCUUCAGGGUUCUACGAGCUCUCAAAACUAUUUCUGUCAUACCAGGGCUGAAGACCAUUGUGGGUGCUCUGAUCCAGUCAGUGAAGAAGCUGUCAGAUGUGAUGAUUCUGACUGUUUUCUGUCUCAGUGUAUUUGCCCUCAUCGGCCUACAGCUGUUCAUGGGGAAUCUCCGGCAAAAGUGUGUCAUCUGGCCAGUCAACCAAACCGAAACCUACCUGGCCAAUGGGAGCAAGGGCUUCGACUUCGAUGAAUAUAUCAUGAAUGACAAAAACUUCUACUUUCUGCCUGGCAUGCUGGAUGCACUGCUAUGUGGAAACAGCUCAGACUCAGGGCGGUGUCCGGAGGGCUACAUGUGCAUGAAGGCCGGACGCAACCCAAACUAUGGCUACACUAGCUUUGACUCCUUUGGCUGGGCUUUUCUUGCUCUCUUCCGACUCAUGACACAAGACUUCUGGGAGAAUCUGUACCAGCUGACUCUGCGAGCUGCGGGGAAGACGUACAUUUUCUUUUUCAUACUUGUGAUCUUUGUGGGGUCGUUCUACCUGGUGAAUCUGAUCCUGGCUGUGGUCGCCAUGGCUUAUGAGGAACAGAACCAGGCCACCAUGGAGGAGGCUGAACAAAAAGAGGCAGAGUUUAAAGCCAUGCUGGAGCAGCUGAAGAAACAACAGGAGGAUGCACAAGCGAAUGCUAUGGCAACCUCAGCAGGUACAGUAACUGAGGAUGCGGUAGAGGACGAUGGGGGUGGACAUCUGUCCCGCAGCUCCUCUGAGGUGUCCAAGCUGAGCUCCAAGAGUGCCAAGGAGAGACGGAACAGAAAGAAAAAGUGGAGGAAGGAACAGGAGGAGAAGGGUGACAGCGAGAAAGUGGUGAAGUCAGAAUCUGAUGACGGCAGCAAGAGGAGCCGCUUCCGCUUCCGAGACAACAGGCUUGGGAGGAAGGCCUCAAUCAUGAACCAGUCCCUUUUGAGUAUCCCUGGCUCGCCAUUCAUGUCCCGCCGUAGCAGUAUCUUCAGCUUCAAGGGUUCUGAGAAUGAGUUUGCUGACGAUGAACACAGCACCGUGGAGGAGAGCGAAGACCGCCGCGGCUCACUCUUCGUCCCGUACAGGCGCAGCAGCUACAGCGGCUAUAGCCAGGGCUCCUCACGCAUCAACCCACUGGCCCCCCACCCAGGCUGCAAGAGAAACAGCACGGUGGACUGCAACGGCGUGGUGUCUCUGAUUGGGUCUGGGCCCGGACGGCUACUGCCUGAGACCACAGAGGUGGAGGGGAAGAGAAAACACUCAGGUUCUCUUAUGGUGUCAGUAGACCAGCUCAAUACUUCCUUUAGUCGAAAAGAGCGAGCUAAUAGUGCGAUGACUGUCGUCACCAACACACUGGUGGAAGAACUGGAGGAUUCUCAGAGAAAAUGUCCACCAUGUUGGUAUAAGUUCUCCAACAUGUUCUUGAUAUGGGAGUGUUGUCCAAUCUGGUUGAAAAUAAAAGAGAUAGUGAACUUGAUAGUGAUGGAUCCGUUUGUAGACCUGGGCAUCACAAUAUGUAUUGUGCUGAACACAGUCUUUAUGGCCAUGGAGCAUUAUCCAAUGUCUCCACACUUUGAGGAAGUGCUGUUUGUGGGAAACCUGGUGUUCACAGGUAUCUUCACUGCUGAAAUGUUCGCUAAGCUGGUUGCCAUGGAUCCAUAUUACUAUUUCCAAGAGGGCUGGAAUAUCUUUGAUGGCUUCAUUGUAAGCCUGAGUUUGGUGGAGCUGGGGCUGGCUGAUGUAGAGGGGCUGUCUGUGCUCAGAUCCUUCAGAUUGCUGAGGGUGUUUAAGCUGGCUAAAUCAUGGCCCACUCUGAACAUGCUGAUAAAGAUCAUUGGUAACUCGGUGGGAGCUUUAGGGAACCUGACCCUGGUGCUGGCCAUCAUCGUCUUCAUCUUUGCCGUGGUGGGCAUGCAGUUGUUUGGGAAGAGCUAUAAAGAGUGUGUGUGUAAGAUUGCUGAGAGCUGUGAGCUGCCCCGCUGGCACAUGAACGACUUUUUUCACUCCUUCCUCAUUGUGUUCCGGGUGCUGUGCGGAGAGUGGAUUGAGACCAUGUGGGACUGUAUGGAGGUGGCUGGACAAACAAUGUGUCUCACUGUCUUCAUGAUGGUGAUGGUCAUUGGAAACUUGGUGGUGCUGAACCUGUUCCUGGCCUUGCUGCUCAGCUCUUUCAGUGCUGAUAAUCUGGCAGCCACAGAUGAUGAUGGUGAGAUGAACAACCUGCAGAUCUCAGUGAUUCGCAUCAAGAAGGGUAUCGCUUGGCUGAAAAUACAUGUGCGGCUCCUGGUGGCCCACAUCCUGAAGAAGCAACCUCUGGAAGAUGAAGACAAACCUCUUGAUGACAUGUAUGACAAGAAACUCAACAUCAUUGGUAACCACACUGGAGUGGACAUCAAAUGUGACCUUAUCUACCCCAAGAACGGUAAUGGCACCACAAGUGGCAUUGGCAGUAGCGUAGGAAAGUACAUGAUCGAUGAGGAGCCCAUGUCCUUCAUACACAACCCCAACCUAACAGUACGGGUUCCCAUCGCUGUGGGAGAGUCGGACUUCGAGAAUCUCAACACAGAGGACUUCAGCAGUGAAUCAGAUGUGGAAAACAGCAAAGAUUUGGAUGACACCAGCUCUUCAGAGGGAAGUACCAUAGACAUAAAGCCUGAUGAGGAAGAAAUGGCUGUAGUGGAGGUGGUGGAGGAGUACUUGGAUCCAGAGGCUUGCUGGACUGAUGCUUGUGUGGCACGCUACAAAUGUUGUGACGUGCCAAUUACUGAGGGCUGGGGAAAGCACUGGUGGUUUCUGAGGAAAACCUGCUACCUCAUUGUAGAACACAACUGGUUUGAGACACUCAUCAUUUUUAUGAUUCUGCUCAGCUCUGGAGCUCUGGCAUUUGAGGAUGUGUACAUCGAACAGAGGAAAACCAUCCAGGUCAUUCUAGAAUAUGCAGAUCGAGUCUUCACAUACAUCUUCAUCCUGGAAAUGUUACUGAAAUGGGUGGCCUAUGGCUUCGUCAAGUACUUCACAAAUGCAUGGUGUUGGCUGGACUUCUUCAUUGUAGAUGUGUCUAUAGUCAGCCUUAUAGCUAAUGCCCUGGGCUACUCAGAUUUGGGCCCCAUAAAGUCCCUGAGGACUUUGAGGGCUCUCAGGCCCCUGAGAGCUUUGUCCCGAUUUGAGGGCAUGAGGGUUGUUGUAAACGCUCUGGUGGGUGCCAUUCCCUCCAUUAUGAAUGUGCUGUUGGUGUGUUUGAUCUUCUGGCUGAUCUUCAGUAUUAUGGGUGUCAAUCUGUUUGCUGGAAAGUACUACUACUGCUUCAAUAUGACUGCAGAGGAGUAUUUUAAAUUUGAUGAGGUCAACAACAAGACGGAGUGCUUUGCACUCAUCAACGCAAACCACACGGAAGUGCGUUGGAAGAAUGUGAAGAUUAAUUUUGACAAUGUGGGUGCAGGUUACCUGGCACUCUUGCAAGUGGCCACAUUCAAAGGGUGGAUGGACAUCAUGUAUGCAGCUGUGGAUUCCAGAAGGGUUGAGGACCAGCCUAUUUAUGAGGACAAUAUCUACAUGUAUAUAUACUUUGUCAUCUUCAUUAUCUUUGGAUCCUUCUUCACUCUGAACCUGUUCAUUGGUGUCAUCAUUGACAACUUUAACCAACAGAAGAAAAAGUUUGGAGGUCAGGAUAUCUUCAUGACAGAAGAACAGAAAAAGUACUACAAUGCUAUGAAGAAGCUGGGCUCAAAGAAGCCCCAGAAACCCAUACCUAGACCUCUGAACAGUAUCCAGGGGAUGGUAUUUGACUUUGUCACACAACAGGCCUUUGACAUUUCUAUUAUGAUACUCAUCUGUCUUAACAUGGUAACCAUGAUGGUAGAAACAGAUGACCAGUCAGAAGAGACGGAGAACAUCCUGUACUGGGUCAACUUCAUAUUCAUUGUAGCCUUCACUGGCGAGUUUGUCCUGAAACUCUUUGCUCUGCGACACUACUAUUUCACCAAUGGUUGGAACAUCUUUGACUGUGUUGUCGUCAUUCUGUCCAUUGUGGGUAUGUUCCUGGCAGACUUGAUUGAGAAGUACUUUGUGUCACCUACCUUGUUCAGGGUAAUCCGUCUUGCUCGAAUUGGCCGCAUUCUGCGUCUCAUCAAAGGAGCCAAAGGCAUUCGGACAUUGCUGUUUGCGUUGAUGAUGUCACUUCCUGCUCUGUUCAACAUUGGCCUGCUGCUUUUCCUAGUCAUGUUCAUCUUCUCUAUCUUUGGCAUGUCUAACUUUGCCUAUGUGAAGCGAGAAGUGGGAAUCGAUGACAUGUACAACUUUGAAACCUUCGGCAACAGUAUGAUCUGUCUCUUUAUGAUCACCACAUCAGCUGGGUGGGAUGGUCUCUUAGCCCCUAUCCUAAACUAUCCACCUGACUGCAACCCUAACAAAGAGAACCCAGGAACCACAGUUAAGGGUGACUGUGGCAAUCCCUCAGUAGGAAUCUUCUUCUUUGUGAUGUACAUCAUUGUGUCCUUCCUGAUUGUGGUUAACAUGUACAUCGCCAUUAUCCUGGAAAACUUCAGCGUUGCCACUGAGGAGAGUGCCGAUCCACUGUGCGAAGAUGACUUUGAGUCAUUCUAUGAAAUCUGGGAGAAGUUUGAUCCAGAUGCUUCACAGUUCAUCACCUUUGCCAAGCUGCCAGACUUUGCUGAUACGUUAGAACAUCCUCUCCGUGUGCAAAAGCCGAACAUCAUCGAACUGAUCGCCAUGGACCUGCCCAUGGUGAGUGGCGACCGUAUUCACUGCUUGGACAUUCUGUUCGCCUUUACCAAGCGUGUGCUCGGUGACAGUGGUGACCUGGACAUGAUGCGGCAGCAGAUGGAGGAGCGCUUUGUGGCAGCAAAUCCCUCCAAAGUGUCAUACGAGCCCAUCACCACCACAUUGCGGCGUAAGCAGGAAGAGGUGUCGGUGGUUGUGAUCCAGAGGGCAUACCGUUCCCACCUGGCCCGCCGAGGCUUCAUCUGCAAACGUAGGCCAGCAAACAACAAACUUGAGAACGGAGGGGCCAAUCAGGAGAAGGAGGGCACACCCUCCACUGCAUCCCUGCCAUCUUACGACAGUGUAACCAAGCCCGAGAAAGAGAAGCAAGAUGACAACAACGAAGGAAAGGGCCGUAAGGAGAAAGGCCGAAACCAAAAAGACGUCAGGGAAUCCAAGUGUUAAGACUGCUGCGGUAAUGCUCAUGGACAGUAAUAACGAUCAUGACAAUAUAAUAACAAAAACUGUCAUUUCAAGCCAAUGGAAACCCUGAAUCAAACUAUACAGAUGUACAGAUAAAUUUCAUUUAAGGGAAAAAGCAAAGUUGAAGUAACGCAACAAAAAAAAAAUGUUUACAAAUGUCACAGGUGUAUUGAUGCGAAGAAAAGCGUUGGGGUUCCUCAAAGCUUGAAGACUCUUCAAAGUUAAACCAAACAUAAUCAGCUUCCUUUGUGAUACUGUUGCAUCAAGACUUGAUUUAAAUCAUAAUCAAAUAUGAAUUUAAAAAGACUGAUACUUGAUCACGUGUAUUUUAGAGGGCUAUUAUUGCGCUUCAGUAUGGAACUCUUCACCAACCAGGAAUGCGAAAAUCCAAGGGAAAACUAGGAUCCACAGGGUGAUGCUCACCCUCCAUCCUUAGUAUCCCAUGCUUACGAACUGCAGCAGCAAAUUUUCAAUACAGAAAAUAAACAAUGCUAUUCAUGAAAGAAUCAGCUUCCCAAAAUGGAUGGUGAAGGAGUCUGCACCGUUUCAUUUCGUAAACAUGUGUAAGAACUCAAAAUUGUUGUGAGAAUGAGCAGGAUAGAGAUGAUUGCGAACAAAACUUAGAGUCUGGCUGAUUCCGACGGUCUCUUUGCGUUUGUCAGUGUCGAAUAUAUUUUACAUGGUCUUAACAUUAUUUGAGAAGGGAAAAAAGGAGAAACGGGAGAAAAAAUGAAUUAACAUUCAACAUUUUGCCCAUGUCACCCUCAGUAACUCUGUCAUGAUAACUUUGUUAUACCUGCAUCAAAAGGCUUUUUCUACAUGGGCUUUCACACUGAUAGGACCGGGGGCAAUAACCAGGGGCCCCCAAUACACAUCUCCAAAUGAAUAAUAAAUUAUUGUGCUUGUUCAAUGCAUAGAAAUGACUUGCAUGAUGGCAUGUUUUGAUCAGAAAUUUUGCAUGAGUAAUCAUAGUCCACAAAACACUAAUACAGACCACCAGAGUGGCUUGACAAUGUUUUAGGCUGUCCACUGGCUAAAUUUACUACCAGAAAUUGAAUUGAAUUUGAUUCUGACGAAAACCGAAUUGGCCUAAGAUGCUAAAUUACAACAUCUCCUCUACUUACCAUUAUAAAGUGUGCAUUAUAAAAUAGAUUUUGAAUUUGGGAUUGGCUUCAGAUGGCACAAAAUACUGUGACUAAUCAGUGGCUUACAUUGACACAAAUACGAGCAUCGUGGUACAUUAUUAGAAACGGGAUAAAAGGGAAAUCCCUUUUUUUUUUUUGCUGCUCAGGAGAUGAAUGGGAAAUAUAAAUGCUGGAAAUGUGUGUGUGGAAAUGGAAGGUAAAUGAUACAAAAAUGAACACUGUAAUUCCUAAAGCUUUCAUUAUUUUAUUUGUAUGCAGCAAUAUUGCUUACCUCACCUACAGCACUCCCCGCACUGCGGGUCAUUUGGUAGGUGGUUCCAGGGAGGGCUGGGAAGGAGUGGGGAAGGUUUGGGCAUUAUUAUUAUGGGGUGUAGCAAGUUGGUUGGUAGUUUUGAGAUGAGCUAUAAUAUUUCUGAGAAAGUGGCAGUUUUCUUUACAAAACUUAGAACUAUGAUCUUGUUUUUAUUUUCUUUCUUUUUUUCAUGUAAUUACUUUUUAGUUUUGCAGUGUGUCUGUAAUGUGUCAAAUCUUGUCCUAGAUUGUCCCUUGGGGAUUAACUGGACUUUUUUUUAUCUGUGUAUGAAGCCAUCACAUCUUCAGCAUUGGUUUGAUUGUAGCCAGGGCAAGGACAUAUGUCAACAGAGACAAAUGGACAGUCACAGCUGGGAGAAGCCAAAGAUGUUUGUGUUAUCAGUUGGUGAGUGCAAUUUGUGUCUGGAAGUUUCUGGAAUGUCUCAGGAGAAGGGUGAUCCUCUCCUGUUUAACACUUUCAGACAGAAUGAUGAUGCAUGUUAAGUUUCCCCAUUAUUCUCAGGAUACAACACAGAUGUAUCAUUGUGACUCUGAUGUCAUCAAUAAGGGCCUUCGUGUUAGGUCCAGAGAAUGUUUUUAAUACGGGACAGGGCAACGGUAGGAGUGCUCCCACCCCAUUGAACUCUCAUGUAGUGAGAAGAGUAGGGCUAUCUGACACAUAGCAACUUACAUAUGUGCAAAGUUGAACAUCUAACAGCCAAACUACCGAUAUUUCAAAUGGUAAUAGAAGUAAUCAAAGUACUGUUGUUGGAGGGGAUGAGAUUAAAUGUGAGAAAUUUGGGUAGAGAAUAUUGCUCGUUGUCACCACUGUUCUAAGGACCUUUGUUUUUCAAUAUACAGUAAAUCAACCCCUGGUCAGCCUUAUUUCUCAUCGGUAAACAACCACACUUAUGCCAAAUAACCAUUAGACACUGGUCCCACAGUAGCUAACUGUGAGCCGAGCAAUUCUCACAUCAGAGCUCCUACAUUUUCAGUUUUUUAUUGAUGUCAACGGUUUACCCUUACCCUUCAUCGGGUGUCGAUGGUCCAGUUGCUGCAUGCGAAGGUGUUGAUCUGAACCAAAAGUUAAAACUCUCCUCAGCAAAGUUCAAACCAUUCUCAUUUAUGCAGCCAUGCAGGCUAGACUGUAUAAAAAUAAUAAUAAUAAAAAAGGACAAAAUUAACAAAGGACAGAACAUACAUUCAUUUAAAAACAAAAUGAAUGAAAAAAUAAAUUUAAAAAAUAAAUAUUGUACAGUAUAGGCUAUGUUGUAAGCGGCACAAAAUGCUGAAAAGUUAAGAAUUAACUUUUUAACAGACUAUAAAUAAUUGUAAUAUAUAAUUUUAUUUUAACAGCAUGCAUAGUUUUUUGUAAAUACAGAAAUACAUUUAAAAAAACAAACAAAAAAACAACUACUGCUAUUAAUCUAAUACUGAAAAUAAUUAUAACCUUAAUAGAAUGGCUUCACUCAUUGCCCUGGUCUCACUUGGUAGACUGUGACAUAUUUGUUAGGUGUAGAUUUUUUGAGACACUUUUCACAUUUAAGAGGGGAAUCCAAUAUAUGUUAAAAGCAAAAAGUAUAUAAAAAUCUAUACAUAAAUCAAAGCAUAUAUAGAGCUAUAUGACAUAUGUAUCUAUGUAUACAUGUAUAUGUACAUAUGUUUAUAUAUAUGCACACAUAUACAUAUGUAUAUAUGAUUUGAGAGCACUGUCCUCCUCCGCAUUGACCUCUGCUUGGAGUGGAGGGGAUGCACUACUGGCUGUCAUUUGCUUACAUUCUUAUUUCUUUCGUGCAAUACGUUCGGUGAACGACCAAAACUCUAGCCUGGCCCGCACAGUGUGUGCUUGCAAGAAAGCAUGCAUGUCUGUGUGGUUGUGUUUGAGUUGAUGAAUGUGUGUGUGUGUGUGCGGGACCAGUUUUCAAUGCACGGUAUGUACUGGCUGCUCGCUAUGGCUUAUGUCGUCUGUUUUUGUGAGGGGAAUGCACUACCAGCAAUUCAUUUACACCUUGUGUGAAUAUAAUGUCUUACCAUCUCAAACCCCUUUCAACAAACAUGGAUUCACAUGCAUAAAUGCACCAGACACCCUAUGUUCUUCCCCCAUAAACACUGUUUUCAUCCUCUGGCAUCAUCGCCAAACGGCACGAUCUUUCAAUCCGAGUCUGAGAGAGCGAGUGUGUGUGCACGUGUGGGUGGGGGGGUUAUAACAGUUUGGUCACUUUAAAUGUGUGUGAUGCAGCUUGACUUAAGCUUAGCUUGUUCUUCAUCUCUUAGGUACACAGCAAUGCAAUUUGCAAUCUUACAUUUGGUUAGGCUUUCUAUUCUGCUUUUCUUGUCUUUGUUUGUUGUUUAAGGUGCCUUUUGCUGCCAAUUUUUUUUUUUUUUUUUGAAAAUGCAGAUGAUGUUGCAUAAAAUUCUCCUAAACAAGUGGAGCUUGUUUCAAAUGAGCACUGGGAGAAAGAACUGAACUAAAGAAUGUCUGUGACAUCUAUUAAAGCAAAAAAAAAAAAAAUAAUAUAUAAGAUUUACAAAAAAAUAUAAAAACAGAAAAAAGAAAAUAAUAAAAAAGAAAGCUUAACUGGCAUCAGCCUGACUUCAUCAUCAGAGAUUGUCCAAUAGCAUGGGGUCGGAAACUGGAGUGCCAUGGUCACUCAAUGAAAUCUCUUAAAGGUUGAGUCUGUAGAGAGGAACAGUUUGCCUUCUGUGCUCAGCUUCUGUUAAUUUUCAGCCACUUCUUUUAUUUUUCUAUAAAUAAUGAUUUCUGUCUAUCCUUUUGUAGCAUGACUGAGAUGCUAUUUCCUUGAUUUGCUGACAAUAAUUAAAGUGUUUUUGGUUCAUAAUGUUGUUCUUAUCUCUUGCCACUGAUGUUUGAGAGGAGAGGGUGUAUUGCACAACCACUUGACUUAAUGAGAAUCAGUGAAAGAUUGUCUUCAUAUGAGCACGAAACCUUUUUCCAAACAAUAAAGCAGCCU